AUGCCCCCCCCCAAAAAAAAGAGGGAUGCCAGAGCUCCCUCUACUAAAAAUGACCUGAAGUUAGAAAAAGAUGUUGACCAGUCUUUAAAAGCAGGUCAGCAGAAGCCCCUCAUACAGGAUGCUGCAAAGCCUAAAAGCAGAAGCAUCCUAGCACCUGCACUUUCAGGUCAAACAGUUAAAAAUCAGUAUAGGACCCCUAAAGUGUGUCAACAUUGUGAGAAGCAAGGACACUUGUUGAGAGAGUGUAGAACCAGAAAGUAUGAAUUGAGACAGAGACAAAUUACUCUUACACUGAGCUUCAUGGAGCUGACUCCACUCCACAAUGCAGGCCUUGGAGAAAAUAUAUGUACAACAGGAGGAGAGACAGUUUCAGAUUCUAUGUUUGUAAUGAAGAGUAAAAGCACUGAUAUAGCCCUCCUGGGGAACAAUGUGACCCUGAAAUGUAACUUGACGAUUCCAGCAGAUGUUCUGCAGAUUACCUGGCAAAAGGUCCAAGGGUCUAUACCAGAAAACAUAGGCACCUACAGCAGCCAGUAUGGUGAAAAAAUUCUCCCUGCCUUCAAAGAACGGAUCCACUGCAGCAGUGCAGAACUGACAUCGUCAAGCAUGACCAUCUAUAAUGUGACCUUGGAGGAUGAUGCGUGUUAUAAAUGUCUCUUUAAUGUUUUUCCAGAUGGUAUCCAUGGAGGACAAAUGUGCUUCAGCGUACAAAGUGUAUCUGAAUUAAGAAUUGAGCACUAUCCUCAUCCUAGCAACAAGAGUAUCCUUAUAGUCAUCUGCUCAGCUACAGGAAAACCUGCCCCUCACAUCACCUUCUCCCAUGAGAGGCUGCUGAUAGGAUUACCUAAGGAACAAAUUGAUAAGAACCCAGAUGGCAUAGCUAAUGUUACCAAAUGGUAUAACAUCUCACUGGAAGCUAUGACGUCCUUGAAAUUUCAGAAUGUGUCUUGUGACUUGGAUCACCCCCUAAGGAAGAGAAAAAAACUUGUUUCUUUUUCUGAGGAACCAGAAUCAACUUUUGAAGGACCACCCCUUUUGGGAGGAAAACUCGAAUGUGAGGAACUUCCGGACAUGAACUUAAAAGUAAGGGUGGGAACGGAAGUUGGCGUUCUCUGGCUGCUAAACUUGGCUGUGGCGGUGCGCGUGCACAAAAGGAGUUAA